UAUUUAUUUAUUUACUUUUGGUUUUGCGUUUUGUUCUGUUUGACCAGUGAUCCUUGGCUAGUCAAGCUUUUAUUUUUUAUUUUAAUUUAUUGCUGUCUCUAGUCAGUGUUCCAUUUUGGUUUGGUCGUGUGAGGGUGGUGCUGGUGUUUGGUUUGUAAUCUUGUAGGGCAGCGUGCAGGGAGGGUCAUAAAUCUGCAGCAGGGUUUGGUGGCUUUUUUUUUUUCUUUCCCUCCUUUUUGUGUGUACGUGUGUCUUGUUUUACUUUCAGAGCAAUAACUUUUGUCCUUGCUCUGUUGAGCGAAAGUGAAAGUUAGAUGCUGGGUGCAAACUUCUGCAAUCAGUUAUCCUUUUUAACCUUUCAUAGCUGUAGAUUCCUUAUGCAAAGGAGGCUUGGUGAGAAAAAUCAGGAGCCACUGAAGCUUUCCCUUCUCUGAGUAAAACAAUUAUAACAGAAACAUUUGCUCCUGCAGUCACCUCCAGAUAAAGGCAGUUAAUUAAAAUCUGUUACUGGCUUCAGCUGGGACCUCCUGUGCUCUCCAGGCUGGAUGGAGAGCAUGACAGCCUCCUGUUAUUCCUGCAGAUGCUCACGGAAGACACUGAGGGAGAGGAGCAGGAGCGUUCUCGAUAGUCCUGCCUCGGCACCAUACCAGUCUAGGUUUGAAUUGUUGCCACCUUGAACACGCCGGGCUGUGUUUGAAAUCUUAACAAAAAGAUGUAAUUUCACUUCCCACCUGGUCCGUGGCAGCAGGUGCAAGGUUUAUGGAGGAGCUCCUGGAAUGUUCUAGCACUGAACCCCCGAUAAUGGUGGGGUCUGGGCAGGCCGGCCCCUAAGGGGGGGGAAAAAAAAAACAAAAACAAACACAGCCCGGUUCCUGUACCUAAGUUUUAGUUCUGUGGGUUUUUCCCCCUUCCCCAGAACCUUUGCUCUUGAAGAUGGUGAGUAGCCAGCCUAAGUACGAUCUAAUUCGGGAGGUUGGUCGUGGCAGUUAUGGUGUGGUGUACGAAGCAGUCGUCAGGAGGACCUGUGCCCGCGUGGCCGUGAAAAAGAUCCGGUGCCACGCUCCCGAGAACGUGGAACUGGCUCUGCGCGAGUUCUGGGCCCUUAGCAGUAUCAAGAGCCAGCACCCCAACGUCAUUCACCUGGAGGAGUGCAUCUUGCAGAAAGAUGGCAUGGUGCAGAAGAUGUCCCAUGGCUCCGGCUCCUCCCUGUAUCUGCAGCUCGUAGAAACCUCAUUAAAAGGAGAAAUAGCCUUUGACCCCAAAAGUGCUUAUUACCUGUGGUUUGUGAUGGAUUUCUGUGACGGAGGAGACAUGAACGAGUACCUGCUGUCCCGCAAGCCCAGCCGCAAAACCAACACCAGCUUCAUGCUGCAGCUCAGCAGCGCCCUGGCCUUCCUGCACAAGAACCAGAUCAUCCACAGGGACCUCAAACCCGACAACAUCCUCAUCUCCCAGGGCAGGCCGGACGCCAGCGACCCCGAGCCCACCCUCAAAGUGGCGGAUUUUGGGUUGAGCAAGGUGUGCUCGGCCUCGGGGCAGAACCCCGAGGAGCCCGUCAACGUCAACAAGUGUUUCCUGUCCACUGCCUGUGGCACCGACUUCUACAUGGCCCCCGAGGUGUGGGAGGGACACUACACAGCCAAGGCAGACAUCUUCGCCCUGGGCAUCAUCAUCUGGGCCAUGCUGGAGAGGAUCACCUUCGUGGACACCGAGACCAAGAAGGAGCUGCUGGGCAGUUACGUGAAGCAGGGCACGGCCAUCGUGCCCGUGGGCGAGGCUCUGCUGGAGAACCCCAAGAUGGAGCUGCUCAUCCCCGUGAAGAAGAAGUCCAUGAACGCUCGCAUGAAGCAGCUGAUCAAGGAGAUGCUGGCGGCCAACCCUCAGGACAGGCCGGACGCCUUCGAGCUGGAGCUCAGGCUGGUCAACAUCGCCUUCAAGGACAGCAGCUGGGACACGUGAGGGGGCUCAGCUGAGCUCACCUGCUUCAGAAAGGGGAGGGCUCUGCACCUCACUGCAGCUGUCCCGACAGCAAUGUCGAGUUGGCCGAGGUGUGAAAUGGCAGAGUGAGACCCGAGGGUGUUCUCCUGGGCGCUGGCAGCGGGAUGUUGCAAAGAGCCAACACUACUUGAUUUCCAGCACUCUGCCGUGCAGUGUCUCACAUUCCAGUUUCCUACGUCAGUAUUAGGAACUCUCCCGGAAAAAUGAAAAAAAAAAAAACAAAAAACAAAAAGAGAUUUGCAUGCUGGCAGUGCAAAUCUUGAGGCUUUGUAAUGUAAUCUGUGUAUAUAUUUAUGUAUAUGAGUGACUGGGAGCGUGUGGCACUUAAAUUAUUUGCUGUGGGUCUGGAUGAGUGGGGUCUGCUAGAAAUCUGGGUGAAGGAGGUGGGUGAGGAAAAACCCCUUCUUCCCCAGGCCUGAAUGACUUUAUUAUUUAUUUUUGUUAUCUAAUUUCAAAGACUUGACUUUGUAAACAAAAAAAAAAAAAAAAGGCAAUGCAAGGGGAUCAGCUGCUUUCAAAGUGCUAACGUGGCUGAUCUUAGCACUUAGAGCUUAAUGAGCUCAUCACUGAGGGAGUCAAAUUAAAAAUGUACAGUCAGGUGCUGGCAGGGCAGCUGGGUCAUUGAUAAUUUGAUUUUUGCUUUUGUUGAUCAGUUAAUCUGCCUUUUCUCUACGUGCUCUCUGCCCUGGUAUCCCCAGUCCCCAGUAGCACCUUGAGGAUUUAACCACAGCAGAGUUCUGUGCACUCAGCUUAUGGAAACAUGGGUGAGGGAAUCCAGCAGCAUAUUCUAAAAAUCCUUCCAAAUCCUUGGCUCACACCUGGUGUCAGAGCUGGCAGGAAGCUCAGUGACAGGUAUGUGAAAGGUGCCAGCCUGGCUUGAUUUAAAAAAAAAAAAAAUUAUUAUUUUUCCUCCUUUUAAAGCAGUGAUCUUUAUUUAAAAGCACAGAUAGGAGGAUGGGGGAUUUGGAGCAGUUGGAAGCUGCACAGAGCAGAGUGAGACUGAGAAAGGGCUGGCAGCAGCUCUUUGUACCAGCACAACAUUUUGUUGUUUUGAGUGCAGGACUGACCUUUCCCAUCCAGUUUGACCUUUUGGGAAAAAAAAGCAAAGUCUUUAAAUUGCCUUUAAAGCUGCAAGAAAGGCCAUUUUUCUUCUUAAAAAAAUAAAUUUAUUUCCCCCCCACACCCAAAUCUUACCUGAAAAUGGCUGUGAGUAUUUCCUUGUAUAACUUUAACUUUCUUUUUGAGUACUGUUCCCUCCUAGUUCUGAGCACUCAGUGUUUACUCUUUGAGUGCAGAUAAACAAAGUAAGAUUUUUUUUAUUUUUUUUUUUUUUUGGUCAUUCCAAAAGCAAAAGAUUUUGAUCCCACCCAACUUCUGAGACUUUACAGGCCGCAGGUGGUUCUUACCUGGUGCUGUGUGAGCUGGUGGCUGUCACCCAGCUGGCCUUAGUUUGUAAUUCUUGUUAUUUUCUUUCACUUCAUCGUUUUAGGGAGCGAUCCUCAGACAAACACACUUUGUUUGUGCCAGCUCUGCCUCCCAGGUCUCACAUCUCAGCAGGGCCGUUGGAUGAGAAAAAAAAUUGUUUAUAAUUCAAGUUAAACUUGGGAGCUUUUUAAAAGUAAAGGGGUGAGCGUCCCCCUGUCUUACCCACCCAGAAGUGAUAACCAAAAUAGCUCUGCUCCCCUCUUGAGUUUUGGGGUUUUUGACUCCCAAAGUGUUUUCUUUGCACUGAUUGCCACUUUAUAGGUUGGGGGGGGUACCUGAAAAUCCCUCUCGUGGUGCUUUUCCUCGAGCUCUGUGUUCUCUUUGAUUUUUGUUGUCUGAGGUUUUUGUUUUGAGAAAAUAAAUCAAGCUGGGGUAGCAGCUGCGAGGUCCUUCACCAGCGUGACAUCAAGUCAAGACACUUCUCAGCACUUGGGAAAGAUUUUUUUUUUUCCUGUGUUUUUCUUUAAAAAAAAAAAAAACUGUAAAAUAUAUUUUAUGGAGAAUUUAUAAUGAGGAAAAUUAUUGUGUAAUUUAUUAAGUUCAUGACUGUUUUUGAAAUAAAAUCUUGAAUUUUGA